CAGUCUAAAUCUCUACAAAAGUAAAAUUUGUAAUGUCGGAGGGAAGUAGAACCGAUGAUGGCGAUAUAACUCUAUUUAAGCAGCGAGAAACUUCUCAAAUGAGCUCUUUUCUCAACGAAUUUCCGGCGAGUGCUAAUGUUCUUGUUGUCGAACCCAAUUUUGUAACUUUACGUAAGAUGAAAAACCUCAUGAUCAAAUACGGCUAUCAAGUGACGGUGUAUGCGGAUGCAGAAGCAGCUCUCGCGUUUCUGAGAAACUGUGAACAUGGGAUUAAUCUCGUGAUCUGGGAUUUUCAUAUGCCUGGAAUUAAUGGAAUCCAAGCUCUCAAAAUCAUUUGUACAAAGAUGGAUCUGCCUGUCGUAAUUAUGUCUGAUGAUGACCGAACAGUAUCGGUGAUGCAAGCAACGGUUCAUGGUGCAUGCUACUAUGUUAUGAAACCGAUUAGAAAGGAGAUCAUAGCCACCAUAUGGCAACACAUUGUACGUAAGAGGAUGAUGUCUAAAUCAGGUGUAAUUCCACCGGUUCAAUUAGAUGUGGUUCAGAAUAACGAUGGUUUCAAGGAAAACAAAGAUGACUCCAUGCCCGUGGACCAAGGUAAUAGUGAACAAAACAUCAAUAUGAUAGGAGAAAAGGCAGAAAAGAAACCGCAAAUUGGAGAAAAUCUACCAAUCCAAUCAGAUUCGGUUCAGAAUAACGGUUCAGACCAAGACAACAACGAUUCAUGGACCACAAGCCCAUACAACAGUGAACAAAACAUCGAUGGAGAAGAAAGAAAGCAACUGAAGACACGGGUGGUGUGGACUAAUGAUCUUCAAGAGAAAUUUCUCGAAGCCGUCAAUACUCUUGGUGGUGCAAGAAAAGCUAAUCCCAAGCCACUUCUCAAAAUGCUGGAAGACAUGAAUAUCAAAGGGCUCACUAGAAGAAAUGUGUGUAGUCAUCUUCAGAAAUAUCGUCUUAGUCUUCAGGGAAAACAAAUCACUCAACAGAUGCAAGAGUUUGGUUGGUCCAGUGCAUGUACAACUUCACCUCUCUUAGGUUUGAACAAUGUUCACACUGCAACAUCGUCCCUUAUAAAUGGUGGAGCCUCUUACCCGGUCCAGGAGAAUCAGUAUCAAAAUGGCUACAUGGAAGUGAACAAAAACAAAACUGCAUCCUCGUCCCUUAUGACUGGUCGAGCCACUUUCCCGGUACAGGACAAUCACUAUCAAAAUGGCUACAUGGAAGUGAACAACAACCACGCUGCAUCAUCGUCCCUUAUGAAUUGUCGAGCUACUUACCCGGUCGAGGACAAUCAGUAUCAAAAUGGCUACUUGGGAGUGAACAACAACCAGGUCAUGACCAAUACUAUGCCUUAUGAUUUUGACCAUGAUAACUAUUUGCAGAAGCAGAAGCUUGAACAACAACAACAAUAUCAACUUUCUAAUCAAAUGAAGCCUGAAAAAGCUUCCAACAUCGAUAUACUAAAGGAUCUCGGACUGGCGUAUACUAUGCCUCGUUUGCCCUAUGAUCUUGGCCAUGGGAACCAUCUCCAGCAGGAACAACAACAUCAGCUUCCUCAUCAAUGGAAUAACGUGAUGAGUAACAAUGAACCGGAACAAGCUUCCGGCAAUGGUGUAACGGGCGUUGAGGGGACUUAUCCAAGUUUACCGUAUGACCCAAACGACUUCUAUAGUUACAAUAAGUAAUUUGGCUGUUUCUUGGAAGUUUCAUGAUUUGUGAGAGAAUCAUCAGUGACAUGAAGAAAAGGAAGGGAAGA